GAAAAAUGCGCAAGUGGCAGUCCCAAUAUCAAAACAUUGCAGCAAUCCAAUGUUUUGAUUUGUAAAAAUGCCGGGAAAAAGAACUAGAAGAAAGUUGACCAAGAAGCUGCAGAGAAAGCGGCGACGUCAGAAACAAGCGAAGGAACGCGACAAACUAGAAGAGGAGGCGGAAAACCAAAGACUUUUGCAGCCGGAGUACCAGAAAUGGCUCUUGGAACAGCAAAAAAUGGAGGGUUUUCAGCGCCUGGCUGACGAACGGGAGCACCAGGCUGCGGAGGAGUCAUGGCUGAGACGCGAGGCCAUUGCUCAGAUGCAAUUUCAAGUGGACGAGGCGAAAAAACGCAAGGAUCGGGAGGAAGUGGAGCGAUUACAGCGAGAACAGGAAGAAAUGAAGGCCCAACGGGAGGAGAUGCAAAGAAAGCAGCGCGAGGAGGAACUCCUUAGAUCAGCAAAGGCUGCCGCCGAGUUUGAUGCCAUGAUGCAGAGCAUGAACGAGUACUUAAACAACCCACGAAUAGAGAAGCCCCCAAAGCACCUGCUCCGCGAAGUGGAAACACAUCCGGAGGAGCGACAAUGCGAGUUCUACAGCCGCACAAACUUCUGUCGAUAUGGUCACUCCUGCACCUUCAACCACCGACGACCCAUGCUGGCCAGGAUCCUCCUCAUCCGGCACUUCUUCAGCCACUCCAUGCUGCAGGAUCGACAGCCGCACAAGGAAUACGCUUCGGCGGAGGAACACUUGGAGCUAACCGAGCAAGAUCUCCGCAGUGACUACGACGAGUUCUUCCAUGAUGCCGUCGACGAGCUGGAGAAGUUUGGUACCAUAGUUAAUUUCCGAACUGUGCGCAACACGUUGGAACAUCUCAGGGGACACGUCUUUGUGGAGUACACCAACGAACGAUCCGCCCUGCGUGCCUUUACCAAUCUUCAGGGACGGUACUACGCCUCCAAGCGCCUGAGCGUGGAGUUCUCCAAUCUAAAAACCUGGCGCGGCGCAGUCUGCGGUUUGUCCUUAACACGAAAAUGUCCCAAAGGUAACAGCUGCGGCUAUCUGCACUUGUUUCGCAAUCCGAGGAACCUGUUCAACACGGAACUCGAGCACACAACAACUCCCAAAAGUGAUCGAAAAUCGAGUAAAACUCCCACAGCCAAGACGCCAAGUUGGGAUGGCCAGAAUGAGCAGACAAGCAGGAACUGGCGGUGGUCUGAAAGCCCUGAAGUGGAGCUGGAGAACUCCAAGGCCCUUGGGAACACCACCAACAACUCGAGCAGAAGAAAGGAUCUCAAGGACUCACAUCAUUCCAGGUCGAAAGGAGAUAGAGCUUUUACCAGAUCGAAUCGUUAUAAAGGCUCUAAAAGAGAUCGCAGCUCCUCAGAAUCAUCAUAUGACGAUUGUAGAUCAAACCGAUAUAAUAGUUCUAGAAGUCACCAAAAGCAUCAUCAUUAAGAAAACCAAAAGACUCAA